GAGCUGAGGGGGGCGGCGCCCGGGAUCGGGCCCGGGCUCCCUGCACUAGGCUGGGGGCGGCUGCAGCCUCUGCUGGCGAUUCUCCCUGCUGGCAUAGAGGGGCUGGGGGCUGGGCACUGCCCUCUGUCCCCCCCCCCCCCAGCAAUGGGGCCUCCCCGGAUCCCCGCCCGGGCACAGCCUCCCUGCCCCCCAGGGCCUGGCACUCCCCAAGGACAGGGAUGCUGCCAUGGGAGACGCCUGUCUCCUUCCCCCUCCACCCCAGCAGGACCCCACCCGCCCAGGCUGCCCUGGCUUCCUGGAUGGAAGAGUCCCGGGUCGCAGCCCCACAGGGCUGAGAGGAUGGGCAGAUGUGUCUGGGUUAACUGGCUCCAGUGUGGUGCCCAAGUGCCAUGAGAUUAACCCCCUGAACAGACGGCCAGGGGUAGCGGCGUCUCCCAGCCUCUGUAGGGUGGCUGCCUUGGUGGCACAUCGGGGAGCAGCUCGGCUGCCCUCAACUCCCGGAUGGAACGCGGGGAGGAGCUAUGGGUUCCGGAUUCCCAGGGCCGUGAGGAAGGAGAGAUGCCACGUGAUGCCAGUCCAGGGUCCCUUUGCCCCGGUGCAGGGAGCUACUCACAUCUGUGUCUCAGCAGAUGAUCAGGCAAGCGAGGCGGGGGCUGCCCAGGUGGACGGGGCACCCAAAGGAGCCCAGCUGGACAUUUGCCAGCGCUCGGAGCGGGUCAGGAGCCUGCGCCGGUCAGGAAGGAGAAGCGGUGCUGGGCAGCAGCCGGAGACCCCCACCAAGCCCGUCCCCCAGCCCCGAGGAGCUCAGCAGCGCUACGUGUGUGCCGAAUGCGGCCGCGGCUUCGCUGUGAGCGCCCGCCUAGUGAAGCACGAGCGGACCCACACCGGGGAGCGCCCCUUUGCCUGUGCCGAGUGUGGCAAGCGCUUCACCCAGAACGCCAACCUGGUGCAGCACCGCCGCACCCACACCGGGGAGCGCCCCUUCCGCUGCGGCGACUGUGACCGGCGCUUCGGCACCAAAGCCGACCUGGCCCGGCACCGCCAGUCCCACACCGGGGAGCGCCCCUUCCGCUGCGCCGAGUGCGGCCGGGGCUUCAGCCAGAGCUCCAACCUGCUGCGCCACCAGCGCUCCCACACCGGCGAGCGCCCCUUCGCCUGCCAGGACUGCGGGGCUGCCUUCGCCCGCAACGCCCACCUGGCGGCCCACUGCCGCACCCAUACUGGCGAGCGUCCCUUCCGCUGCGGGCAGUGCCGGGAGCGCUUCGCCCAGGCCACCGCACUGAUCCAGCACCGCCGGCUGCACACAGGCGAGCGCCCCUUCGAGUGCUCCGACUGCGGCAAGGGCUUCACCCGGGCUGCCACCCUGCAGCAUCACCAGCGCCUGCACGCCGGCCAGCGCCCCUUCCCCUGCCGGGACUGCGGGGCCACCUUCGCUGCCCAUGCCACCCUCCGCCAGCACCGCCGCAGGCACUCCGGGGAGGCGCCCUUCCGCUGCGCUGAGUGCGGGCGCUGCUUCGCCGUCAGCUCCGCGCUGCUCCGUCACCAGCACGUCCACACUGGGGAACGGCCCUUCACGUGCCACGAGUGCGGCGCCGGCUUCAGCCAGAGCUCGGCGCUCGUCCGCCACCAGAGACUCCAUGACUAGUGCGUGGUGCUCUCGGGCCCGGCAGCAGCAAGCCAGCGCGUGACCCCUGGCGGGAGGGGGAGGUUCUGGGCCCUGGUGGGAGAACGGUGCCACAGGGGGCCCCAUGCAAGUGGGUGAGGGGAAGGUGGUCUGCAGAGGUGGGUUAAUUCAGCUGGAAUAAAUGAGCCCCCAGGGUCUGCGGUGUGAACGGGACCCCAUCGCUGCCCAGUGCUAAGCAGUUCCACUCGGUUCGGGAUUUCCGUCCAGAGACCCCGGCUUGCUGAGCCCAUGGCUGAUGUCCCAGCGAACAUCUCCUUAGCCUUCGAUUAAAGCUACCGAAAAGAGCAUUAA